AUGGCCACAAAAGUGGUGAACAUUAAUAUCGGUCUUUUGGGUCACAUCGACAGCGGGAAGACAUCUCUGGCCAAAGCCCUGUCCACCACUGAGUCCACCUCAUGCUAUGACAAGAACCCUCAGAGUCGCGAGAGAGGGAUAACCAUUGACUUGGGUUUCUCUUCGCUGUCGAUGUCGUGUCCUCGGCGUCUGUUGCGAGAGAUGGAGGGGUCGACGGGCCAAGAGUUGGCACAACCGAGCGAUUGGUGCCUUCAGAUGACAUUCGUGGACAGUCCCGGACACUCGUCGCUCAUUAAGACCAUUAUAGGCGGCGCACAGAUCAUCGAUCUUAUGGUUCUUGUGGUGGAUGUCAUGAAAGGCAUUCAGACGCAGACCGCCGAGUGUCUGGUCAUCGGAGAGAUUACUUGCGAUCAAAUGGUUGUCGUCUUAAAUAAAGUCGAUUUGAUUGAUGAGAAUAAGAGAGAGACAACCGUUGAGAAGAUGUCCAAAAAGAUUGCGAAGACGUUAGAGAAAACCAAAUUCAAGUCAUCGCCGAUCGUUGCAGUGGCCGCUCAUCCGAGUGAUGGCAGCGAUGGAAGCGCUACCAGUGAUGUCAAGCCCAUUGGGAUUCAGCAGUUGUUGGACACCAUUUGCGAUCAAAUUUCUUAUCCAAAGCGCAGUCCAAACGGAGAGCUAAUCCUUUCGGUGGAUCACUGCUUCUUAAUCCGUGGCUCCGGUACUGUUAUGACCGGAACUAUAAUCCAGGGAUCAAUUGCUGUCAAUGAUAAUAUAGAGAUCCCUUCCGUGAAAGCCAUCAAAAAAGUGAAAUCAAUACAAAUGUUUCACCAGAAGAUCGAGAGAGCCAUUCAGGGCGAUAGAGUCGGUGUUUGUGUCACACAAUUUGAUCCCAAACUCUUGGAACGAGGAGUCGUGUGUUCGCCCGGUUUCAUGAGUGGUGUCUAUGCGGUCAUCACAACCGUCAACACAAUUGCUUACUAUAAGGGAAAGUAUGCGACGAAAGCCAAGUUCCACAUCAGUGUCCUUCACGAGACUGUUAUCGCAAAAUCCACUUUCUUUAAGACAACGAAACCAAGCAAUUGGAUCCAAGGCUUUGAUUUUGACUCGCAAUACUCGUAUGAGGAUGAGUUGCCCGGUAACUGUGAUCCCAAACAAUAUUACGUACUCUUAGAGUUCGAGCGCCCAGUUAUCUUAAAUACCGGCGCCUUAUAUAUAGCGUCAAAGCUGGACACCGAUAUUCACGCCAAUGUCUGCAGACUUGCAUUCUAUGGCAAUGUGUUGAAGACAUUCUGUGAUAAGAAUUACGCGGAAAACGAUUUACAGAAUUUGAAAGUCGACACAAUCCGAGCAAUAAUUAAAAAAGAGCUUAAACUGCCUGUCAUUGAGAUCGCAGACCCGAAGGCCACUCUCGACGGCGGGGAUGUCUUAUUCACCGGACGCGAAAUAUUUGUGGGAUUAUCUCAGCGAACCAAUGAGUCCGGUGCCAGAGCUGUGGCCGCAGCCUUUCCUGAAUAUCCCGUCACUCCCAUCAGAAUCCCAAACAAAUUAUUGCAUUUAAAGUCAUGCCUAUCAAUGGCCGGUUCAGACAUUCUGUGUGUCAGCUCAUCACAAGAGGCACAAGAAAUUCUUAGACGAAUAGUACGUGAGGCCACUCAUCGAUACCAUACACUGACUGUUCCCGAGAACACGGCAGCAAAUACUCUGUAUAUUAAUGGAACUUUAGUUCACAGAUCAGAGUUUCCAAACUGUUGCGAAUUAUUUGAGAAUAAAAUCGAUUUCAAUAAGAUUGGGAUCAAGAUAUGGGAGCUCUCGAAGCCUGUGUCACAUCUGACCAGUCUAUCCAUACUCGUGAGGAAAGCCCGGCAAAUACAUACCAUCAUCAUCGAUCUUAUGGUUCUUGUGGUGGAUGUCAUGAAAGGCAUUCAGACGCAGACCGCCGAGUGUCUGGUCAUCGGAGAGAUUACUUGCGAUCAAAUGGUUGUCGUCUUAAAUAAAGUCGAUUUGAUUGAUGAGAAUAAGAGAGAGACAACCGUUGAGAAGAUGUCCAAAAAGAUUGCGAAGACGUUAGAGAAAACCAAAUUCAAGUCAUCGCCGAUUGUUGCAGUGGCCGCUCAUCCGAGUGAUGGCAGCGAUGGAAGCGCUACCAGUGAUGUCAAGCCCAUUGGGAUUCAGCAGUUGUUGGACACCAUUUGCGAUCAAAUUUCUUAUCCAAAGCGCAGUCCAAACGGAGAGCUAAUCCUUUCGGUGGAUCACUGCUUCUUAAUCCGUGGCUCCGGUACUGUUAUGACCGGAACUAUAAUCCAGGGAUCAAUUGCUGUCAAUGAUAAUAUAGAGAUCCCUUCCGUGAAAGCCAUCAAAAAAGUGAAAUCAAUACAAAUGUUUCACCAGAAGAUCGAGAGAGCCAUUCAGGGCGAUAGAGUCGGUGUUUGUGUCACACAAUUUGAUCCCAAACUCUUGGAACGAGGAGUCGUGUGUUCGCCCGGUUUCAUGAGUGGUGUCUAUGCGGUCAUCACAACCGUCAACACAAUUGCUUACUAUAAGGGAAAGUAUGCGACGAAAGCCAAGUUCCACAUCAGUGUCCUUCACGAGACUGUUAUCGCAAAAUCCACUUUCUUUAAGACAACGAAACCAAGCAAUUGGAUCCAAGGCUUUGAUUUUGACUCGCAAUACUCGUAUGAGGAUGAGUUGCCCGGUAACUGUGAUCCCAAACAAUAUUACGUACUCUUAGAGUUCGAGCGCCCAGUUAUCUUAAAUACCGGCGCCUUAUAUAUAGCGUCAAAGCUGGACACCGAUAUUCACGCCAAUGUCUGCAGACUUGCAUUCUAUGGCAAUGUGUUGAAGACAUUCUGUGAUAAGAAUUACGCGGAAAACGAUUUACAGAAUUUGAAAGUUUUCAAAAUGAAGUCAAAAGAGGGAAUCGUUGAAAGGGUUUCCAAUGAAUACGAAGUGAUAGUCAAACAUUUGCUCAAAAAAGAGACAAACGUCCAGAAGUUCGUGGGUUUGAAAGUAGUGUUGAGUCCAUCGGGAGAGGAGGGUGUGAUUGAGGGCGGGUUCGGUCAGAGCGGAAAAGUCAAGAUUCGGAUCCCAAACGGAAUUCAAGACAAGAGUCUAUUGACGACAACGAAGAGUAAGCGAACGGCCGGUGAGACGAGUGAUAAUAAUAAGACGAAUGCAAAUAAUACACAAAUUAAGGCUUUAUUACAUUUUAAGCGAUAUAUCUAUGAUUCACAUAAGAAAAUGAUACAAAACUGA